ACACUCUCUCAACCGGCGCGCGCUGAGGUGGUGGUGAGGUAGCUCGGGCUCCCCGUGCCCACCGCGCGCACUCCACUCACUCACUCUCCUCUUCCUCACCCCCACCACUUGGUUUUGGUGGCAUUGAUAACGCUUACUCUGCACUCCACUCGAGGAAGGUAUGGAGAGAAUGCAGCAGCAGGAGGAGGAGCAGCAGGCGGCGCGGCGGCGGCGGAGCCCGGGGGGAUGGGAGGGGGCGGGGGCGGCCACCGUGGACGAGGCCUCCAUGGAGCGCAGCAAGAGCUUCGUCAACGCCCUGCAGGAGCUCAAGAACCUGCGGCCGCAGCUCUACUCCGCCUCCGAGUACUGCGAGAGGUCCUACCUCAACACCCACCAGAAGCAGAUGGUGCUGGACAACUUGAAGGACUACGCGGUGCGGGCGGUUGUCAACGCCGUCGACCACCUAGGCACUGUGGCCUACAAACUGACGGACCUAUUCGAGCAGCAGGCUUCCGAGAUCUCGACCUUCGAGCUGAAGCUUGCGCGCUUGAACCAGCAAAUCUUCACCUGCCAAAUCUAUGUGGACAAAGAAGGCUCCAGGCAGCAGCAGAUGAUGGGGGCAAGCAUGAAGCACCACAAGCACUACAUCCUACCAUCUACUGGUUAUAAGAGAACUCAGGCUGUUGCGUACCUGGGAACCGACACUAAUCAGGAAUCACAGCCUAGACCUUACCCCUCAGCAAAGACGCUUUCCUGGCAUCUGGCAUCGGACAAUAGCCCUUCGGCAAAUAGAGCACAUAAACCUACAUUCAUCCUAGAUGAUACGAUACCAUCCAAACUCGCAUCAGAUGGUCCGCAUCUUCUUGGUAAGGAGUUGCCUGCUUCUCCCGUGCGUAGGCCUUUGCAACUUAACAGGAAUAUCAAAUCCGACGUCGCACAAAAGGUUGGCGCAAAGGAUCUGUCGGCGUUUAGUUCUUUCGACAGGCCUACAGGGCGUGAAAUCCAAAAGGCUCCUGCCAGCACUAAGAGCGUGCUAGCAUCUCUUUUUAUCAAGCACAAGUCAGCAAAGAUGAAAAGUAUCUCAGCUCGAUGAUCCUCCCUUGAUGUAAUUGAAGUUUGUUGUAAUAACCAGUACAAGCCAAGUAAAAUGCAAUUGUAUCUCUUCAAGAUGUCAAGUCAUAACAUCUCUUAUCUGUGUAAUAUGUGCUGAUUCAAAGCCUGUAAUGAAAAUCAUAUGCAAGUUUGGAAGUGUGUUUAGUUAUAUUCAUCCAA